GGGUCCCUUUCCCCAGGGGGUAGAGAUUAGCAGACGAGGAGUCGAAUCUACCUAGCGAUGUUCCAAUAUUUCUGUUCGGCAUUAACCGAACAUUCAGGGAAGGUGGUAGAGAAAGACUCAGGUAUCCGUUUGGAUACUCUCAGGGCAGGGAGAAGCAUAGAUGGUCAAGGAGCAACCGCCUGGGGUAGGGGGGAUCGAGUGGGCCAUGAUCAAGCCUGUUCGUGUGCCUGUCAGAGUACAGAAGGGGGGGGCGGGUAGAUUUGGGUUAAUGAGUAAGGCGAGUGCAUCUUUUCUGGGUCGGGUUGCGAAAGGCAGCGCCGUACUCCGUAGAGUUGUAGUUUCGCUGGAUACCAGCGAUUACUCCAUUGCCGUUUGGGGGGUUUGUUGCUAUUCGGGGCACGCUCUCUUUCGUGCUGCUCUUCUCCAUUGACCAGGAACCUCCAAACGACAAUGCUUUGUCAACGGUUCAUAAGAUGGCGCGGGGGAGAGGGGUAAUCGUCCCAACUUUAC